AUGUCUCCAACUUCAGUUCUCCAAGUUGCAGACAUCUCUCCAGGUAAUGAGAAUCAAGAACCACUAUUGGCUGUUAACGUAGAAGCAGCAAAAGAUGGAGCAGAAACCAAGUUUAGGAUACGAAAUUUGACGAAGGUUUCUGACGUUGGGGUGCCCAUAUUGAAUGGGAUCAAUAUGGACAUACCUAGAGGGAUGAUUGUGGGGAUUAUAGGCCCUAGUGGGAGUGGAAAGUCAACGGUUUUAAGGGCACUCAACAGACUGUGGGAACCACCUUCUGGGACUGUGUUUCUUGAUGGUUGUGAUGUUACGGAUCUUGAGGUUCUUGGCCAUCGCAGGAAAGUUGGGAUGCUGUUUCAGCUUCCUGCUCUUUUUGAAGGCACAGUUGCAGAUAAUAUACAAUACGGGCCACAGUUAAAGGGGAAGAAGCUUACCGAUGAUGAGGUUCAGAAGUUGCUCUCCCUUGCAGACCUUGAUUCUUCCUUCUACGAAAAGGAUAGCAGCCAGUUAUCUGUUGGUCAAGCUCAAAGGGUUGCACUUGCUAGGACCCUAGCUAAUCAACCAGAGGUUUUGCUGCUGGAUGAGCCAACAAGUGCAUUGGAUCCAAUAUCAACACAAAACAUAGAGGAUGUUCUUGUCAAAUUAAAGAAACAACAAGGGCUGACAGUUAUUAUGGUCUCUCACAGCAUCAAACAAAUCCAGAGGAUUGCUGAUGUGGUUUACCUCCUUGUGAAUGGUGAGAUUGUUGAGGUUUUGAAACCUGAUGAAUUGUCUGAAGCCAAGCAUCCCAUGGCACUAAGGUUUCUUGAACUUGGUUCUUAA